AUGGCUACACAGGUAUGUCGGGAGUUCUUGGGGGGCGGUUUGCUGUAUCUGGAGGGGGGGGAGGCACCUCCUCGCAACGGCACCGACGUAAUGCACCGCCACCGCUCUAACUCGUACUUUGUGUACGUCACGGGAGUGGAGCUACCAGGGUUUGCGGCCCUGCUGGAGCCGGAGAGCGGUCAUUUCACGUUGCUGGCCCCGCGGCUCCCCGAGGAGGCAGCCUACUGGGUAGGUGCCGUACCCACCCUGGAGCAGCUGCAGGAGCAGUACGGCGCGGACAGGGUUGUCUACCUCGACGAGCUCAAGGGGCUCCUAGCGGCUGCGGGUGCCUCCACGUUGCACACACUACCGGGCUGCGCGGAGAAGCUGACGGGCAAGAUACCGCCCGGCUGCCACGUGCUUACCGACCUGCUUCCGGCCACCCUGGACCGCUGUCGGGCUGUCAAGACGGAUGCGGAAGUGGGCUGUCUGCAGGCCGCCAGUGCCGCCAGCGGGGCCGCACACAUGGACAUGUGGCGGGCGUGCAGGCCUGGUCUUCGUGAGUACCAGUUGGAGGCGGUGUUCUCGCUGUCCUCCCGCUGCCGGGGAGCGCCCUGCCCCGGCUACCCCCCCAUAGUGGGGUCCGGACCCAAUGCAGCGGUGAUGCAUUACGAGGCGGCGGACGGGGUGGUAGAGGCGGGGCACCUGGUGCUCGUGGAUGCCGGGGCGGAGUGGAGGUGCUACACCGCCGACAUCUCCCGUACGUUCCCCGCGUCGGGCCGUUUCGAGGGCGCCGCACGGGACCUGUACGGCACUGUGCUGGCGGCGCAGUAUGCGGCUUUGAGCACCCUGGCCGCGGCGCCUCCGCUGGCAGGAAGCGGCGGAGGAAGUGGCGGCGGCGGAGCGUCGCUUCAGGACGCUGACCGAGCUGCCCGGUUGGUGCUGCUGGAAGGGCUUCGUGAGAUGGGCCUUAUUCGGCGUGAGGCGGCCGGAUCCAGUGGCAGCUGGCUGGAGGCGGCGCUACAUGUCAAGUUGGAUCGGGUCUUCAUGCCGCACGGCAUCGGCCACCACCUUGGGCUAGACGUACAUGACGUCUCCGAAACAGGACCUGUGCCCAAGGGCCCCGUACAACCCGGCCACGUGCUCACCGUCGAGCCGGGUGCGUACCUCAUCCCGGCGUUGCUGGCGCGGGCGCGAAACGACCCGGGGGUCGCACCCUUUCUGGACUUCGACGCCGCCGAGGCGUUGGUACGGUGCGGGCUCGGCGGCGUGCGGAUUGAGGACAACGUAGUGGUGCUGGCGGAGGCGCCGCCGCCGGCGGCGCUGGCUGCGGCGCCGCCUCUGGGACUCCAGGGGCGCCUGUACAACCUGACGGUGGCGGCGGGGGUUGCGAAGGAGAUGGCGGAGGUGGAGGAGGUGAUGCGGCAGGAGUGGCGGCCGGAGGCGGCCAUGCUAUGA